AUGCCUAGUACUGAAGUUAAGAUUCAAGAUAAUAUCCUAGAACAUCCACAAUUAGGAUGCAUACUCAUUGAAAUACAGGGCGAUUUAGAAAUAGAUCUGCAUCAAUUUAAAGAGGAUCCAGAUCGAACCAUGCAAUUUGGUAAAUUAGAAAUAUUAGAUGAUAACCAUGUUGUUUUAUUUAUAGGAAAAAAACAAAGAUUACUUGGUCAUAUAUCGAAAUUAGAUCCACCAGUAGCAUUAUUGAAAUUUUCAAAUUCUACUGAGGCCAUUAACAACAGCAUUAACAACAAUAAACAAAGUAAUGUUGAAAUACUAAGAAUCAUAAAAAAUAAAAUGGUAUUUAGAGAUAGACCAUUGCCCAUCAUGUAA